AUGAAACUAAUCAAGUUUGAUAAAUUUGACAAGCCUUGUCUUUAUUCUUAACAUGAAAUCAAAUUAAUAACUAAUUUUACAAGAACUCCUAAAACAUGUCAUUCUUAAACAUAAAUUACAUUCAAAUCAUCACCUAAUAAUUCUAAAAAAAAUAGUAUUCAUCAAUAAUCAACUCAUAUAAUGCAUCAAAAAAGCUAAUUCUCUCAAACAUAAAAAUCAUAGAAUCAAAUAUUAUCAUAAUAAAAUACAAUCGAAACAAUCUAAGAGUGUAUUUCAAUUCUUUCUGACUUGAAAUAAACUUCCUUUUUACUUUUUCCUAAUAAAUAAUUAACCUAAAAAUCUAAAGAGAAAAUGGAUCAAUUAUUAGACAUUGUUGAUUAAAUGGUACCAUAAGAAAGUAAUGAAGAAAAGAAAAAACUGAAUAUACUGAAUUAAGAUAAAAUAUAAUAAAUGAUGAAGCUACUCAUGCAAGAAAAACAAUAAAAAUAUUAAGCAAUUAAAUCUGGAGAAAGCUUGAUCAAAUAAUAAUAAGAAUAAAUUUUAUCCUUAGUAAAUAUUACUUAUAUAUUAUUUUCUAGAAAACAAGAAUAUCUUUAUAUGUUACCAAGUCAUGA